GUAAACAAAACGAAAAUUAUAUGGUUGAGUUUGUUUUGUUAAACACAUUCGGCCUGAAAACGUAGCAAAAUCCACAGCAUGUAAAUUCUAGUAAGUCGCCGGCAACGCAGUAAAUGAAGAUUUCCAUUUGAGUCAGCAGUCAAGAGCGCGGGAAUCGAGGCCUGAGCCUCCGGAUUCGGCACACCAUGUUCAAACUGGAGUCCUACAUCACUCCAAUUCUGCUAAGCUACGUGGCCAAGUAUGUGAAAAACUUCCGCGACGAGGAUGCUCAGGUGUCGCUAUGGGAGGGCGAGGUCACCUUCCAGAAUCUAGACUUGCGCCUGGAAGUGCUUGAGGAGGAAAUGAAUCUUCCAGUGGAAUUGGUUUCCGGGCACAUUCACGAGCUGAGCAUACAAGUGCCAUGGACUAAGCUCAUGUCCGAGCCGGUGAAGAUCGUCAUCAAUACCAUUGAGUUCGUGGCCAAGUUGCCGGACAGCGAGAGUAAACAACGCAGGGCCACCUUUCAGCGGGAGCAGCGCCGGAAGUCCAAGCGAGCGUCCGAUGAGCAGCCAGAUCAGCAGCCCAAGAGUCCCGGACCAGGGAGCUCUUCCAGCGUGGUCAACAAGAUAAUUAACAAUAUCAGCCUGCAGUGCCACAACAUCAUCUUAAAGUAUGUGGAGGACGACAUCGUGGUCUCGAUGAAUGUGCAGACGCUUAACUUUGGCUCCGCAGGCGAAAACUGGAAGCCCACAAUGGUGGACGUCCACCCUGUAUCCGUUGUCAUGAGGAAGAUUCUUCAAGUCUCAGAUUUGACUAUCUGCCUAGACAAACGGAACACGGCCGGCAGGAUUGAGGUGUGCCAGGAGCCUGUAUUAUACCGCUGCUCCCUAGAGUGCCGAGUGCUCCGUAAGUACAACGCCAAUACGGUAAGCACAUCGAGCACCACCCGCAUUGGUGUUUUUACCAAGGCUCUGGACAUCAAUGUGUCAUCUUUGCAAUUCCCCAUGGUGAUGAGACUGGUCAAAAUGCUGCUGGAACUGAAGCCAGCCGAUUUAGAAGAAGACCACCCAAAUCCGGAAGACCAAGAGGCAGUUGCCGAGGGCAACGAAGCGCAGCAGUCGGAGCCCGCUAGUCAAAGCGUCUUUUGGUGGGCCUGGAAUCUACUGCCUAGUUUCGAUGCUCAGGAGCCUCACUCCUCCUGCGAUUCUCCUACUGGCCAUGCCUUCGAUUUGGGUAUCUACGCAGAAGAGCUGAACUUCCAAUUAAAGAAUUCCGAGUACUUCACCGAUCAGAGCAUGGGUGGCAUCAAGCGGAUACGUUAUACUCCCAUUCUAAGGAUCAGUUUGGGCGGUCUUUAUUACGAGCGGACUCUGUUGAAGGAGUGCGACUGGGCCAAUGUCAAGGCGGGGCUUUCUAGCAUGUGCAUUGAACCGUUGGGUGUUUACCGUAGUGAGGAUCCCUUGGAUCGCCACCUGAUCAAUACCCAAGAAUUUCAGGAGGAGCGAUCCUUCAUCGACAAGAGCCUGUUUGACGAAAACUACAUGUUCGCCGACCGCUCCUGGUGCAGUUACAAUUACGAGGACUACGUGGCCAGAAACACGGAUGAGUAUAUGCUGUUUCGCAGCCCGGUACUGGCAUUUGACGUUGUCGAGCACCGGGUGCCGAAGCCAACCAGCCAUCCCGUGGCGGAGAGCCAGCUAAGAGAUCUAGGACUUCGAGUUCAGUAUCGCCUACUUUCCGCUGGAAUCACUUUCCACUUUUCGCAGUCAUUUGCGCAGGUUAAAAAUGUAAUUAGCGAUUUAAUUCGUCCUUACGAUUACCCGGGAUAUCACUCAGAAUCGGUGAAAGACGAUGAUCGCAGUGUCCCCGAGCCGGACAAUAAGAUUGCCGACAUGACCAUUCCGGACUUGGAGUACCUGAUGGGCCUCGUGCCCACCUGUAACUACAAAAUUGAGUUGCGGAAUAUAGUUCUUCAGUUGUAUCCCCGCCAGCAACAAGAAGAGUCUUCUGCGAUGAACCAACACCAAUUGACGACCACAGUUAAGCAGUCUCUGCUUCCUUAUCUUCAGCUCAAAAUAUCCUUAGUCGAGGGCACAAUGUGUGGACCAGUCAAUCCUAUACGCCUGGUCCAAUUGAUUACCCAUCUGCAGGACAAGCCCCGGGAGGUUGUCAAUUCAUGCUACAAUUGCUAUAACUUCAACGUAAAGAACUUGGCGCUGAUGAUUUUAAAUACCACUCCGGAUAAUGGCCGUGCCAAACUUUUAAACAUUCCACGCAUGCAAGUGAACUGGAAUCGGCUGUUAGCUCCUCAUCUAUGGCGUCAAAAUGAAGCUGCUCUAGAGACUUCAGAAAUCAAAUCGGAGAUCAUAACUCUCGAGUUUUCAAAGCGUGAACUGAUCCUAGCCAAACGGUUGAUUCCUUUGAUCUCGGGUUUCAAUGGCCCAGAGCUGUGCGAUCUGGCCCACAUCGUGGCCCAUGUCAACGUACAUUCGGAUGUAAUAAAGCUGCAAAGCGUGUGCAGCAAACUGGGCCUCAGUUACCACAAGUAUCACACUCAUUUGGCUGCAGUGGGUUCACUUCAUGGUAUCCACACCGACGCCGUCCACAGCAAAAUGAAUGUACGGAACGUAGUCCUGUCCACCUCAAAAAAUUCAAACAACAAGUGGCUUGAGAUGCAAUGUCAGUACCCCCUAGAGGAAGCCAAUACGCAGAAGGUUAAGAUGCCUGGCACCGUGGUCUGUCUUUGGCUGGAACCAUUUAGAAUCACCACGGAUAUCUACCUUUUGCAGUUCCUUAACUUUUCAGAUGUCAGCAAGACGCCGAUGCCCAAAGAGAAGGAAAUUGAAACAGAUCUCGAGUCUGUAAACCAGUCGGAGCCAAAUCUGACACAAUCAAUUUCGAAUUAUUCUACAAUUUCUGCUUUGAAUGAUUAUCAACCGCGUCGAAUUAGCAGAAACAACAGUCGAAAGAUUUCUGUUCCCGAGGAGACAGUCCAUCUGAGUUCAGAACGGGAUGAGAGGCAUACCCAGAUAGAGCCUGUAAACAUUCCAACUACCAGUAAGCCCCAGUCAAGUAAUUUUGAUACAUCAGGUCUCGUAAAGCGUCUAACUAACAUGGUAGUGUUGGUGGAGAUCGCUCAGGCAAAGAUUGAUAUAUGUGAGGUGAUGAUGCGAAAAACGCCGUCAGAGAAGGAUGUAGAGUAUACCUCUAUUCGGCUGCCUCACUUGAAAGUUAAAUCAGGCAACUCCGAAGCCAUUCAGCGAGGCAAUAUCAGAGCAGUUAUUCUAGCCACCAGCACUGAGCCAUUCAAUUGGGUCUUCGACCUAAACGAAUUCAAUGUGUGCUACCGCAGAGAAAAUGUUACCGAAAUGAUUGUGGACCCAGUUAGGACCACAAUUACUUUAGCGCUCUCUCACAAAGUAUCUGAGAAAGUCGAGGAGAAAAGGAGAGAUGAUCAGGAUAAGACAUUUUCAGAAGCGUCUGAACAAAAGACCUACUCUAUAAAUGUACACGUGGAUAUGUCGGCCAUCAAUAUAUUUGCUCAGCGGGUAAAAUUGUUACAUGAACAUUAUUUAAUUAUAUCUAAGAUGUACAGUUCGCUAUGCCCGGACGAACCUCCAUCCAAAUGGCAGACUUCGAAAAUGAAGCCCAGGCUGGAGGUAUACACUGGCAGUGCACAAAACUAUCCAGUGAUAAAAGAGUUUCUGGAGCUAGAUCCCAACUUCGAAGCACCUCAAGUAAAAAAUGCUCCCAAAGGAUCAAUUGUAUUAUUUUGCCAAUGGACUAUUCCACGUAUCAGUUUUGAAAUGGAACACUCAAACGACUUCAAGCAUAGUAAAAUCGUUAUGAUUCUAGAGGACUUACUACUGAAUAUUGAUAAGCAUAGUGACUUCACAAAGAUUACCACGAAAAUAGAAAACUUCGGUCUCAAUUACUACGAGGAAAAGCAUCAAGAAUGGGAAAAGAUCGAUGACUUUCAUAUCAAAACGCUGGUCGACAGCACAAACUUGCCCUUGAUUAGUGUGGUGAUCACGACUGUGAGUCUACAGGACCUGUACGCAAAGAUUGGAGCAAGAAAUCCGCACAACAAGAAACACACCAUAUCGGAGGUGUUAAUCGAGGUGCAGCCUAUAGAAAUGGUACUGGACUUGGACCAAAUAACCGAGUUUAUGGUGCCCAUAUGCGAGGUUCUCGAAAUUAUGGGAAGUACUGGCACUGAUCAGCCGGUAAACACAUCUUGUGCUCCAGCACCAAACCAAAUUUCCACUGUCCAAGAUCUGCCGAUGGUGCACUUGAACAGCAAGGGAAUCUAUGUCUAUCUACCUCUAUCUACAGGUAGAAAGAGUUGCAGUGUCUUACUGCUAAGGAUCGAGAGUAUUCAACUAACACCGAGCCUUGAGAAUCCUCUAGUUCGUCAACUCGUGCGCCCGGAUAUCUACCAAAAAGCAGCAGAGCUCAACAUGCUCAGUACACCGGGAGCGCUGGUAGAGGACCGACAGUAUGAGCUAAGUGUUAGGAAGGUAUCCCUAUCUACCGGAAACUGGAAGCAAACACAAAGGUAUCGCAUAGAAAAGAGCCUGGCGAGCAAACAUGAUAACCCCGCCUUCGAGUGGAACAACCAAAGUCAAUCCACCGAACUAGAUCAUAUGGAGAUAUUCAGAGACUUUGACUUCAUUAUGAUAUAUGCACCGGCUAUCAGCUAUGACCGAUUUCUAGUCUGCGGUAAAAGUGUUGAGUAUAAUUGUGCCACCGACUUUGUCGCCUCUUUAAACACUCACCAAAUCAGUUUGAUUAGCUGCAUUAUAGUGCGCUUUCAGAAACUCAGCUGUAUCUUUCAUCAGGUGUGUGUAAAGAGUGCUGAGUUGCCAAUAGAGAGGUCGCACAAAAUAAUAGGAAACGUUUCCAAAAACAACAGCACCGACAACUCUACGUAUUUUAAAUCUGAUUGUUACGCUCACAAAACAUGUUACCGUAAUGUAAGUAGGAAACCCUCAAAACGGCUGCUGACAGACAAAUUAAGUACUACAAAUGCAAGUACGGGUUUUGCGGAUGCAAGAGGAAGUAGUGAUUUAUUUUUGGGAUCAUGCCAAAGUGAUUCUGGAAUUCAUUUAAGCAAUCGUAUGAAAGGAAUUUCAAGAUCUCUUGGGUCGGAUGAGGUUUACCGCAGCGGACGUCACCCGAUUGUAAUGAGUUAUCCGCAAAGCGUGUCCUUUGUGGCCGGCAUAUUUGUGCUAAAAAUUUACGAUAUCUUGGAGUUGGGAGAGCUAGAAAGGCCCGUCAUGAAACCACUUUUUCUUUUGACUGUAUCCCAGCCCAGCUUCAUGUCCACUCAAAACUUAAAGGCAGCCGUGACACAAGCCUCCAUUUUUAAUGUCAACGUCAGCAUUGCCAAUGCAGACGGUAAAGGAAAAGGAGCAGUGGAACAAUUUAAUGAACCUGUAUUUGAUACAUUACCCGGCCAACUGGGCAGCUCGGGUAUUCCCCCUCCUUUGCUUAUGAUUAAGACCCAGUAUGAUCGCCUGCAUCAGAAGGAAGUUGAUGUGGAGCUACGAAAACCCAUCCUUUUGAGGAUGUGUGAGAGCAACAUCAAGCUAUUGGCAAGUGAUUUAACCCGUGUCUACACGGUUCUUCACGAGACCCCCUGCUUUGCCGUGCGAAGCCACCGUCCUGUUCCUGAGGGAUCUCAGCUCCUCCAGAUGAAAACGAAUUGCUACAACGCGGAUCGGUUGCACUUAUCCUGUGAUAGGAUAACUGUGAAAUUCUACGAUGAGGAAAGGACUUACAAAUGCAGCUUUGUUUGGCUCGACCUCAGCACCCGCAUCAAGUUUAGUACUCGUCCUCAGAAGGCUGUAAUACGGUCCAACCUAGGAUCCUUUUAUGUGCAGUCCGGAGGGAAGAUGCUGCUCCAUCCGUUGCUUAUGCGUAUGUCAGUGGAUUUGGUCAGUGAACCGUGGUGUGAUGAACUGCUGAUCAACGCCACACUCAAGCUCAACUACCUGCAUAUCGAUGCGGGUGUUCUUAGUAUACUGCAACUGCAAAAGGCACGGGAUGGUAUGAAUCGGAUACGGGAACAUGCUGAUCAGGAGUGGCAGAAGUUUCUACACAGUCGUCCCAUUUUGGGCACUCCGGAAGAGGUCGCGCCCUGUGACCUGAUCAGAUGCACUCCAUCGCGUGAAUCGAUUGAGCGGUUAAAACGUCCUUUGAAAUCUAACGCGGAGUUUUAUCAGGAUGACCUUAGAGCGGGAGCCUUUCAAUUCGUAUAUCUAAACUCUGAGUCCGUACUGCCGAUGCCCUACCAGGUGCAGAUCAUUAAGAAAAACUAUGGCAUCAUCUGCUGGCGAUAUCCGCAACCCCGCCAAAUGACAAGCAUCCAUAUAUAUCCAGUGCCAAUGCCAGUAAGCAGGCCCAUACAUAUCAGGUGUCGAAUGGAAUACUUCAGUGAAACCCACGAGUCAUUCUUGCAUUAUUGCGAUUUUAUGCUUUCGGAAACCUCAGCUAAGCAACUGACGCCACCAGAUCGUCCAAUCUGCGCCACCAUUUGGAGGGUUGUUAUACUCCAAUCGUUGAUCUCCGUGGACGGAACAUGCUUUGAGAGUAGCGAAGAUGAGGAUCUUUCGAUUGAGUACGCCCAGGAGGACUUCAAAGUGGACGAAAAUAACGACUUUAUUCUGCAUCCAAAAGUUCUGGUGGGUUGCAUGCGAAUCGAUACCGUCUUCAGGGCGGAAAGAGUACCCAAGCUGCAGUUGUUGAUGUGUUGUCAGGACAUUGAACUAAACUUUCUGAACCAGCCAGAUAGCUCCGGAGAGCUUCCACAACUGCUGAGCAAGUACCACCUCAAGCAAACCAAUAACAUUAGCCAAACAUUUCUCACUGUGCAUGUGGAGGAUCUACAGAUGCACUCGACAAUAUAUUCGAGAAAAGAUUUUACCUUGCAGACUGAGUUGCGCCCACGAGUGAAGUGCUUGGAUUAUGGAUUUCAAAAUAUGCUGGACAUCGUGGAACCAAUGAAAUUUACCAGCUUUGUAAGACUAACUGACUGUUCACGCUCUCUAAUGCAAGCUAACUUUCUGGUGGAUAAGCUACGGUUUAACUGCGGCCCCUACGUGAUUCAUACUUUGCUCAGUUCCAAGUACCAUUGGCAGGAGGUGUUGCAGCAGAAAGAGCUAAGACACGCCUUUCUGCCAAAGUGCGUUAUUGUUAACCGAAUACAAGCACCCAUUGGCUUUGGGCAAACAAAUACGGUAGAGAAGAUCUUGGUCGGACCUGGCGAAAUGCAACUUUAUCACUUCCGAAGCUGUAAUUACGCGCAAGAACUAACAUUCUUUAUCACAAAUCCCAAAACCCGUCUGCUGGAGACGAGUGAUUCAGUACAUAUAGUCCUGAAGUUCGAAGACGAACAUAAGAUUCAACAUGUUCGAGUGGGAGAGUACUGUAUUACCCUGAAGUUGGGAAAACUUUCCGCCACUCAGAUUUAUAUUUUGGUUAAAGGCCAAAUCGAGUUGAUAAGCAUGAUUCCCUUUAAUCUGAUCACAGAGUUUCGAGAGGACGACAUGAGCUACGACGAAAACAGUCCGCCGGAGCAUCUGUUAUUGUCUAAAGAAAGAUCAUCAUUUUAUCAGAAUGUCAGCCGUGAUGCUGACAUAAAUAUGCGGCUUAAGCUGAGUGCUGGACUUGGAAGGGGUCGCACUGGAGAUAUCCCACUGAAAACCAACAACAACUUGCCUUGGCUAGUGAAGGUGCCCACACAAUCUGCCCAGCAGUUCAUUAGCAUUUGGGUUCGCAUCCUGCGUGAGGACAUUGUAAUGGAUAAGGCCGUAGAGGACUUUCAUCCUCAGAAAAUACUGAUCUGCAUUUGGCCCAUUUUCGAGAUAUGCAAUAUGCUCAGCUGUGAGGUUCAGGCGACUGAAAAUACCACCGGAGAGAGCUCCACUAUUGCAUCCAAGGGGGGAAGAUGGGCUCUGAACACUGCUACCACUCAUGCUACAGAGCAUAAGGUUGGCUUCACUUUUUCUGGUGUCGUGCGAAGCUCUUCAAAAGCUGAAUAUUCGCUAAUGCUAAGAACGAUGGACUGGCACAAGUUCUUCUAUUAUGAUUCUAACGUUUGGACCAUUGAAAAUGCGCUGAACCAGCUAGGUAAGUCAUCGAAGCGCAAAUGGCCACUGAAUGACCCGGAAGAACUACGAGUGAGCCGCGUGUUGGAUUUUCAAAGUCCUUUUGAUGUGAAAUAUCAUACAAAGGCGACGAGGGAGUUUUCCUGCUCCCUCGGAUUGGAUGUGACUGCGUGGGGCAUGUUUAUCAACGGAACCGGCUUGGACGUUAGCAUAUUUAUGAUAGACGAGAAAGCGCGCUUUGAACUGAAAGCAAACAGUUUGAAAAUGAUGCCAAGGCUUACGAGUGCUUUCACGAUUGAUUUGCCCACUGACAACGGAUGGAUCGCCUCAACUUCGAUUUGUUUAGAAGAUUUUUCGCAAAAAGCGGUUAGCAAGGCUGGACGAUCAAUGUAUCUGCGGUACAAUUCAUUCGUGGAUAUAGUUGUUGUAGAAAGGGACGAGGUGUUGCGUCUGAUACUGGAAUAUAGAAAGAAUGACGAGGGUCAACGUGUGUUCAAACUGCGAUCGAAGUUCGUAGUGACCAACUUUUCGGAUGUGGUUCUAAAUGUCAUACCUCUAGCCAUGGAUCACAAGGAGAGCUCAACGCGGGAAGAAGUGGAGGCAUAUUCACUUUCCAAAAAGGCCCGUAGUCUUAUUCCUGUUGACUCGACUAAGAACUGCAUUGGUAAUACAAUGGACGUGUUCUAUGAUCUUAACGCCCACAAGGCCAAGCACAACUGUGAUACCGCAUUCGUCUAUUUUGCUUGUUUUAGUGUAGGUGGUGACCGGGAGGUCUCCAUACCUAUUCCAUUGGCCAUACCCUUUACCAGACGCUGUUUUAGUUUGCAAGCGGGACACGAAUCCAUUCCAUUGAUGAUCACCUUGAUAGAGAAGGACAACGUUCACUACUUGAAUGUAUUCCGGGAUACGGCACCAGCCAUUGUCAUCAGCAACAAUACGAAUGUGAAGUUUAUUGUGGCCCAAACCAGUGCUUCGGAAAAUAGCAAUGUGUCCUGCACGAAUUCAGAGUUUGCUGGAAGGCAUUUCGAGUGGAAUCAAUUGGUGCUGCCUCACAGCAAAUGUUAUUACACUCCUCCACAGAUGUACGCCAAUUUCCCGGAUGUAGAAUUCACAAUGUGCAAUCUAUCCUUGGCGGUGUAUAAAGGUAGGCCAUGUGCAAAGAAUAAGAUCGCCUGGUCAAAACCUGUUCGGACUGACAAAUCCUGGCAGAAAUUUCUGCAUGUACCCCAUCACGGCGAUGUGAAGGUGGUUGUCUGUGAUAAGCAUCGAGCUAUUCGUGUUAACAUCUACUAUAUAGCUCAGCAAUUAGAGUUUUCCGUGAAGGACCUGCGAUCACGCCUAAAAAUGCCAGAGAAUGUGUUGACAACAUCCCAGGAACAAAGACCUUUAGGACCUGACGAAGAGGCGGCACAAGAUGCCACCGUCAAAGAUCCUUUGCCGGAUAUGGUGGCAUGUGCCCAUUUCAGCGAGGAGUGUGACACCAAAAGGCACACGAAGAUCAAAAUUUUCAUCAAGAACUUUGUGUUUAGCCUGCAGACAGACAACCGGGAAAAUGACUACUUAAAAACGGAGGUGUGUAAUAUCUACGCUGAUGACUCAAUGCUAGCCUAUGACGACGACGAUGAUCAGCGAGAACUGCGUUUGCAGUUGCCAAAUCUUCAGGUGGAUAACCAGUUGUACUCCAGUGGGAAGUAUGACUUUCCGGUCCUGCUUUGUGCUCAGAAAUUGUACAAACGCAACUGUAGUCUGCCACAGGUGUACGACCUGGACUGUGUGUAUAAGCAGCAGGCCCAACGUACUCCUGUCUCUCAGUUCACAUUUACUUUCUACCAAGAUGAAAUGCAAUUACAGAAUGUUCGAUGUGAGAUACCCCCGUUUCGGGUAUAUAUCGAAGAUGCCUACCUGAACCAACUGCUGGAAGCACUGGUAGAGUGUGAACCUUCUAAUUGUGUGUACAGUCCGCCCGUGGAACAGGAUAAAAUCCUUUUGUCCGACGGAACGACCCUUCUUCCUGACCAAGUUGUGGCUCAGUCAUUUUAUAUAUCGGAACCCUUACGUCUUAAUAGUUUUACGGUAGAGCCCCUGAGUCUUCUGCUAUCCGUCCAUACUUCCUCACGGCUCUACAUAGCAUUAGAUCACUCCCCCCUCUCCUUUUCGCGCUAUGAACGUCAGCAGAUCCUUACCGUUCCCCUCCGCUUCGGACAAUCUCUGGGACUUCACUAUCUGAGCGGUGCUAUUUUCGGAGCCGGAUGGGUCGUUGGUUCAUUGGAGAUUUUGGGAAGUCCCAGUGGGCUGGCUCGCUCGUUUAGCACCGGCCUUCGAGACUUUGUCUCCAUGCCGGUUCAGGGUCUCUUCCGCGGACCCUGGGGCUUCCUAGUAGGAGUGACCCAAGGUUCGGCCUCUCUGCUGCGCAAUGUGACUGCGGGAACUGUGAAUUCCGUUACCAAACUGGCUGGAUCAGUGGCUCGGAAUCUGGACAGGCUGACUCUGGACGCAGAGCACAUCGAACUAACAGAGGCCAGGCGAAGAGCUCGACCCCAAGGCUUCGCCGAUGGACUGACCCAAGGUCUGACUGGACUAGGCAUUAGUUUACUCGGCGCAGUUGGCGGAUUGGCUCAUCAUACCCUUGAGGCAAGAAGUUCUGUUGGUGUCAUUGCUGGCCUGACCAAAGGCAUAGUUGGAGCCCUGACGAAACCCAUCAGUGGAGCAGCUGAAAUGCUGGCUCUUACGGGACAAGGUGUCCUACACACGGUGGGAUUUAAUGCGAUGCCUCAACAGGUGGAGCCUAGUUUUUCGAAAAACGGUGCACUACACGGAAGUUCCUAUCGCAUUUGGCAUUAUCUGCCCGAAGAGUUAAGCCAUGACCAAAUGCUGUUCUUCUGUGAGGUCACCCUGCUGGUCAGCACGCAAUUGCGCCCAGCCCUGCUGUUCCUAACUUCGUCAGUAUUGGCCAUCAUGCAGUCCGACAGUGAAGAUCUGGCCUUCGCUUCUCCUGUUUCCAAGGUGGAUGUGGUGGCAGACCGCGAUGAUCUUUCGAAGCUUUACUUGAGCCUGAAAUCAGAGAGGAGGGAUGACUUUGAAGGGCAACUAAACUACACCAAUGAGCGCAUCAUGAAGUUCCUGAACGCCUCCCGACUCCAAAGCAUAGCCAACGAUUCGUUGAGUGAUCUGCUCCAGCUGCAUGAACAGGAUGUCGACGACCGAAUCCAGCGGCAGUCGCAGUGCAUCUUCUAUAUUAAACCCAAUAUAGGUGAACACCUGAUCCACUACCUAAAGGUCAUUAGUCGGAUACAGCAUUGAUAGUAAAUAUGCGUCUGUGCGUAUGUUUUCGGAUUAGUCUAAAGUAUUCCUAGAAUCCUGUGUAUUUUAUGCCAAAAAUCAAAAGACAUUUUUUGUUACAUUUUUGCAAUAAAAAUUUAAAAAGUA